AUGGCGAUGCGUCCCCAGGUUGCUUUACUCCUCGCCCUCAUCCUCCUUGCGGCUGGAGACGGCAGCCUCGCCGCCCGCACUCCGUCCGCGAUCAUCAGAAAGACAUGCGCCGCUCUCGACCAACCCGGCAGUUCCGUGGAUUACGACUACUGCGUGGGCGCGCUCUCGGCCGACCCGACGGGCGCGUCCGCCAAGGACGCACGUCAGCUCGCCGUCGUCGCCACCAACCUCACCGUGGCCAACAUCACGUCAACGGUGCUCGUCCUCGAGGACCUCGUCAAUAGCCUCAGCGACUGCCUCCGCAUCUACAGGGAAAUGAACAGGCCCCUGGAGGCCGCGCUCGGUGACCUCCGUGCCGGGCAUGUUGGAGCAGCGAACGAGAAACUGAGUCAUGUCUUCGGAGAGCCCGAGCACUACGACAUGCUCUUGUUCGCGGGGAGCGCCCACAAGAACCCGAUAAGAAACGGAAAUGUUAACGCCCACACGUGUGGGCGUUCACCACUCCGUCCACAUGCAAGCAUCGCCGUUGAAUGGCUCGUGGCGAUCAUCAAAGUGAUGAUGACGAUUUCAUGGAUCCACCUCAACAAGAAGAAACGUAUUCGCAACAGAGCCUCCCAGGAACGUCUGACCGUGUUGAUUGACAAAUUCACUAAUGAUCAAAAGGGAGCUGCUGCUGAGAUGGGUAUGCAGGUUCUGAUGGAUGUUUGGUGUACGAACCUUGUCAACCCGGGUGAAGAAGACUACUACGCGCGGGGCCAAGCAUAUCAGUAG